UGUCGUGGGCGGGACGCAUCGACUCUUGCCACAUUUCCCGCGAAAAAUUACGUGUUCUAUCGCUGCUACGAUACAUUCUAUUAUAUUCUGACUUAGCAAAACGUUUCCUUGUCAUAGUAAAUUAUGUUAAUGUGUGACAAUUCGUCUAUGUGCAUUUUUGAUCGUGUUUGCUAAAAACUUUGAGUGAUUUUAUUCGUAUAGAAUCAGUAAGGCUCAGUGGUUCACGGAUUUUCCGAGGACUUAUCGUAUCAACGUAAGUUCAUUGACUAGAAGCCGAGUCUAAAACGAGUUACUGCGGCUGGGAAUAGAAAAAUUUGCAGCUAAUAUCAUAUCUGUAUCAAGCUCUCCACCCGUACAUGUGGAAGUGAAUACUAGUCAAAUGUCAACGCGGUACCGAUAGUGUCAGUGGUUUUGGAUGUGGCUUAUCGGAAGCUGAUCGAGCUGGCGUGGUACGGGGGAGGGGGGGCGAUGCAGGCGGGUGGCGGGUGGUUUGUACCAUGGACAAUGGGGGUACAAAAGUUUGCAGUGGCGUUGCCGAUGGGCGGUGUGGUACCACUCGUGCCCCCGCUGCUGGCGGCUCUGCCACCGGCCCCGCCGCCGCUUAGACUGAUCGCUCCGCCUUUACAACAUCAAUCGCAAAGAAAGGGAGAAAAAGACAACAACAAGAAUUGCAUACUGUCCUGCGAGAAGAGAAAAGCCGAGGACUCGGAUGUCAACAAAGACUUAAAGAAGGCGAAACUAGAAACAAAGGCGUUGAAAGCGAAAAGGCCCGGCUUUACAGACGACAGAUACAACGAAACAUCUUAUUACAUUGAAAAUGGCCUCAGGAAAGUCUAUCCUUAUUACUUCACGUUUACGACGUUCACCAAAGGAAGAUGGGUCGGAGAGAAAAUCCUCGAUGUCUUCGCGAGGGAGUUCAGGGCUCAUCCCGCCGCCGAGUACGAAAGGUGCAUCAGGGCUGGCACUCUCACGGUGAACUACGAAAGGGUCGACCCGGAUUACCGGCUCAAACAUAACGACUUACUCGCCAACGUCGUCCAUAGGCACGAAGUACCGGUGACCAGCCAACCGAUCACCCUCGUUCAUAUCGACGAGGACAUUGUGGUUGUCAACAAACCAGCCUCUAUCCCCGUGCAUCCUUGCGGUCGAUAUCGGCACAAUACUGUUGUAUUUAUACUCGCUAAGGAAUAUAACCUCAAAAACCUAAGGACAAUUCACAGACUCGACAGACUAACGUCAGGUCUCCUAUUAUUCGGAAGGAGUCCGAAGAAGGCGAGACAAAUGGAACAUCAGAUAAGGAAUCGACAGGUGCAGAAGGAAUACGUUUGUCGAGUGGACGGCGAGUUUCCGGAGGCCGAAAUCGAAUGUCUAGAACCUAUAGAAGUGGUGAGCUACAAGAUCGGUGUGUGUAAAGUGUCACCGAAAGGCAAGGAUUGUUCGACGGUCUUCAAACGAUUGGGCUACAACGUCGCAGCGAACACGAGCGUUGUUCUGUGUCGGCCGAAAACAGGCAGAAUGCAUCAAAUCAGAGUUCACUUACAAUAUUUAGGUUACCCAGUUGUCAACGAUCCUCUAUACAAUCACCCUGUAUUCGGUCCUAUUCGAGGAAAGGGCGGUGACACAGGAGGCAAGACAGACGAACAACUCGUGAGAGACCUCAUCGCUAUACACAACGCUGAGAAUUGGCUCGGAGUAGAUGCAGCUGAUGACGACCUACUGUUCUCUAAGCCCGCUUCCGACGACAAAGUUGGCGAGGAUGAGUGCGAAGGUCCUGCUUCAAGGGAAUCAUCACCUAGAUUGGAGUCACCAGCUCCUGGUUUGACACCAUCAACGAUUAUGACGCCGACGCUGGCGAGCCCGUCGAGCGCGUCGGAGGCGCCGGGCGGCGUGCCCUCCCCCGCGCCCUCUCCAGAACUCACUGAUGACUCCAGCGACGCUAAGUCAGAUAAAGUGACAGUGGCUACCCAAACCGGUUGUUCACCAGCCAUCGUACGGACAAGUUCCAAUAACCCUGGUAGCGCAACCAGCAUGAUUACAGCUGGUAGCUCUACCGGCGCGGACGCGCUCACGCCUGACCCGCACUGCUACGAGUGUCGCGUUAGGUACAGGGACCCAAGACCAAGAGACUUGGUCAUGUAUCUACACGCUUGGAAAUACAAGGGGCCCGGCUGGGAAUACGAGACGGAGCUUCCACAGUGGGCCGGCAUCGAUUGGGAGGAGCCGGAUAGUUCAUAGUUACAGGUCUUGACACCACUGCAGAAGCGCCUCGCUUCAUCUCUAUAUAUAUCCAACAAACCGAUUAAGUGAACAUCGGACUUAUCAACAAAGACGGUAUCAUUUAUAACAAUGUUUAAAUAACUAAGUGUGAUCAUUGUAACAGUGUCUCUGAUGAAAUACAAAUGUAACGAAAUAUAUUUCGUGUUAAAGUUAGUCGUAAUAUUAUCGAUGGUAAUGUCGUGUUCAACGAAAUUAAACACAAAUUAGAUCUAGAUGAAUUGGACACAGAAAUAAUAAUUGAUAACGGUCACGACGACUUCGGUACAAUGAAUGUUACGAAUGUUAAAAAUACAUGUUGUGAUGCAGAUGAUAUACGAGUCGCUUUCCGUACGAACUUGGGUUCUAACGAGCCUUAACCGAAAUGUAAUUAAACAAUCAACACAAGUGAAUACUUGGCUGUUAUAUCUCAGUGCUGAGGCGGUUUUGUAAUUUAGUUUAAGAAUAGCGUAAGUGAAUAUUAUUUUAUAUGCAUUAAUUGCACUUUUGGUAUUUCGUUUUCUUUCUUACCUUCCAUUAUAUUAGUGACCCUCUUAGUACUUCGGAUCUUUUAUUUCGAUUCGCUUUUAAUGUUUUAGAUUUUACUUUGUCACUUCAGUUCCUAUCGGUCUAGGUUGUUUCUUAACGCUUGUCGUAGCGUAGAGUUAAGGGAUGAUAACAAAUUUUGUAAAAAUAUCAAUACCAUUAAAAUAGAUUUAUCGCUUAAACGAGGCAGGGUCUGAACCACGAUUAUAAAUCAAUAUACUCGUAUUAUCAUCGAAGUUUUUCUCAUCACCAAAAUGAUGAUCUGUUCGAUUAAUAUUAUCAUCAAAGUUAUCAUUUUAAUCGAAAUUUUUAUUUGUCGUUUUUUUGAAACAUUUCACACUGCUUACGCGUUAGUCCGUUUUUUAUAUAAAAACAUAGAUCGAAGUGUUGUAUAUUCAAAUAGAAUAUGUUAGAGAAAAUGUCGACUGUGUAUCAGUCAUAUUAAAAAAUUCGGACCACUGCAGUAUUUUAUUAAAAAUCGUAAAUAGGACCACUGUUUAUAGAAAGGCUAUCUCUGUAAUAUAAAACGCGUUUACAAAUAAAUGCAUAAUUAAGAAUGAACGCAAUUCUGCGAGCGAUAGUGACGCUCCAACGUUUUUGGCUUCCAUAGUUUUGAUUAGACUGUAUAAGUAUCCUCGGAAAAUUUUGUACUUUAAAUAAAUAAAAAAAAAAGAAUUAUAAUCGCGUCUUUCACUUAAAAUCACAUCUUAACCUUCACGCGUCCGUUGCCCUUCGAUCUGGUGAUCGACAUUUGAAGUUUGAUAUGCAUUUAUUUAAUAUAUUUCGCUUGCAAUCGUCCUCUUUCAAAAAUCAUCAUUAUCGAUUCAACGAUAUGAUUUUAUUUCGUUUCCGUUUGUAACCAAAGUAAUAGGUUUAUCCAAAGAAGGAUGUUUUGAUGCGAAGUAAGAUUCGGUUUGGGAGCAGAUCGAAGCAGCAGGUUUAAAGACAUGGGUAAGAGUUUUGUUUUGUUUUCAUAAUUCAUAAGAUUUGCGUGUUUCUAGACGAUAAGUUAUGCCAGUUUUGAACGGGGCCCCAAUUUUGCGGUUCGGUCAUCAGUUGGUUCCGCAUAGGUUCUCGAACGUAUUAUUGCCGUUGUAAGUAGAAUUGACCCCCCCACCCCACCCUGUAUUAUUGUAACAAUGGAUUGUUUUGAACAUGUACAACCGAAAUUUCUUUAGCUAAAUAAUUAUUCGAUUCAUCGUCGCUGGUUUAUUUAUUAGAUACAUUAGUUAGUAUUAAAAUAUAAAAGACAAUUCUUAUUAACUCUAAAAAUAUUUUCACGAGCUUUCAUAUAAAUUAAUUCUAUGGAAAAUUAUAUAUUUUUCUUACUCGUAGCGUAGUUGCAGCGUGCGUACUAUCUAUAUAUUUAUUUAUAAAACUUGUACGUGUGUUUAAAAUUCACUUCGGAGUAAGUGAGGACAUUUUUAUUCUUUUUCACAUUAAAACCUUUUUGUUCGAAACUAUGACGUCACGACCGAAAAAAAAAUUAACUUACUCCGAUACACUGUUGCUAUAUAAUAUACGAAUGUGUAUGCUUCACACUGGUGUGCCAUUAAAUUUUCUUGAAGUCUUUUUCGUUAAUCCAACUGUCGUAAAUAUUGGGAUCAAAUUUUGUAAGCUUUGAAUGGGGUUCAUUUAAAAAAAAAAACUAUUUAAAAAAAGAAUUUCGAUUCUAAACGAUUUCAAGAGAUUUCGUACUAGUUUAACAAAUACCGUAAAAUAUAAUUGAAUAAUUAUACUUCUUUACAAUGACAUCGGUGAAAAUACUGAUUGAAUUUAAAAAAAUAAAUAAAAGGGUAGCGUGUAAAAAAUAUUUAUAAUCUGUGGCAUAUCACGAAACGCGAAGCUGAUUUGACUUGAUAGAAGUCAAAUGAGCUUCACAUGUGAACAUUGUUGUAUUUUUAUAUAGUCGGUAAGAUUGUUCAUAUACAUUGUGUUAUGUGUAAUGAUGACGAAAAUAACGAUUAUAUUACUGGCUGUACAAUAAUGAGACGUUGCGAUUUUUUGUCGCAGAUAAAUAAAUUAUUUCACAAUAAUAUAUACAGCCUCAUUUUUUUUAAAUCAUUGCGUUUCUAUAUGUUCUGCUUUUUCAUUUUAUUCGUUUAUUAAUAAGAAUUUCAUGUGCCUUCUCAAAAUAAAUUUAAAUAUAAAAAUGUAAAGAUAUGUUUUUCAUAACAGUUAUUUGUAAUUGUUACAAGUUUUUAAAAUGUAGGUAUUAUAUUUGGCACGACGAUUUUUAUUGUAAAGUGUGACUAGAAUUAACCUUUGUUACGUCUUAAGAACAAGGGCGGUACUGGCAAAUUUUUGUUAUGGUAAGACCAAAAUUACAAGGAAAGUUCUUUACUAAAUGUAAUUCUAUAAGAAUAACAUUUGAAUAAUAAUAAUUUUAAUAAAUCAUAUAGUAAACAUUACUGAUUCACAGCCUUUGUUCUAAGAUUCCGAUUCGAUUGUUCUAGAAAGCGAAACCAACGUAUAUUUCGUUCUGGUCACACUGAAAUUGAUUUCGGCACGAAUCAAUAUAGUAAAUAUGUUUUGCAUAGUAUAUGUUAUUUAUAUGAUUACUAACACCAAUGCGAUAUAAAUAAAAAGAAGUUUGUUGUUUAAAUUUCGAUUUUUUUUUUUUGUAUAAUUUGAACGACGACUACAUGAAAGACAUUUUAUUUUGUAUAAGUAUUGGUAAUUAAGGUUAUAAUAGCGUUUCCUUCUUUAGAUUCGUGUUAUGAUAAUUCAUGUUUCCACUUAAAAUUAAUUAGAAUUAAAUUCAUCUUUGACA